GGCUCCCUGGGUUUUAGCCUCCCUGUACGAGCUCUCAGGCCAGACUCCUGCGGGGACCACUGCCCUCACAUCCCCAGUCCUCACCAGGGUCCCCCAGCGCUGGUCAUUCACACUCUCCAGGGACCGAUCAUCACUGACUGAACAUGGCUGGUGGUAAUGGCAGCAUGAUGGUCCUCAGAGUUUUCCUCCCACUGAGUUGGUUUACUGCCCAGAGCCUGGUGAACGCCCAGUUGACCCCUGCCUCAAGCCGGACCCAGGCUUGCCACAGUUUUCACUGCAGAGGGGAGAUGUGCUAUCAGGGAGCCAAGUACGCCAACCUGACUUUGGACUGCAAGGAUGGAGAACAGUACUGUGAGCUCUACCAAUUCACCCCCACCCACUACAUGGCUCGGUGCAGCCAGCAGUGCACCAGGGGCAGCGGCGAUGCCACACCAUGCAUGACGCCCAACGGCACCGUCCUCCGCCAGGACCUGUGCUCCCUGCAGUGCUGCAGGGGCUCCCUGUGUCUCUCUCUCAAUGCCGCCACCUACGGGAGCAAAGGGCUCACUACAUCUCCUCCUUCAUCUUCUGCUUUUCCUACCCUCCAGAGAAAUGGCAAAGUAUGUGGGAGCUUCUCUUGCCAGGGAAAUAACUGCUUCAGGGGACAGAAAGCCCUGACCCGCUGCCCGCUGGGCUCCGACUUCUGUGUGAUGAAGAAGACAAGCUCUGGCUAUGAGGCAGGCUGCAGCCAGGCAUGCCAAGUGGGAAGCCCAGUGUGUUCCCAGUCCAGGACUGGGUCUUGUUACCAGGAGUGCUGCCGGGCGACGUCCUCCACCAGCUGCCUCCGGCUAGAUGGAUCCGUUUACUUUAAUGGAGCAACUGCCAGACCUGAAAGGAGCCUUCUCUCAGGGUCACUGGCCAUGGCCAUGCUCCUCCUUCUCCUCCAUUCUGGCCCACUACCUUUUCUGCCCUCCUAGAGGGACAGGUGCAGAGUGGGGUCCUGGUGAGAGGCAUGAGAGGGGCCUGAGUAGACCCUAGAGGCUCUGGCUAGUCCUCCUCUCCCAGCUCUCCCAGCUCUCCCAGCUAUAGCCAGAACUUAGUAGAAGAUGAAACUUUAAUGCUAGGUAGGAGACAGUUACUAUUAUAAAUACUUCUCUGUUCUUCCUCCUGAAGUCCCUGAGUUUCCCCUACUCCAGACUCAGUCAUUGGAUGCUUUUCUGAUAUUGGGAUGAAGGGUGCUGAUUGGGCUCCAGACCCUGGGCGAAAGAGAAGUUCAGGGUUUGGGGGAGAGGGGAGAAGCCAGUCCCUUCCGUUCCAAGACCACUUAAUGACCGGACAGCCCUGCGCAUCCCUCCUUUCUUUUUUUCUUUUUCCUUUUUUAAUACCUAUUUAAUUUAUUAAAAUUUGUUUACCAAUUAUGCGUAAUAACAAAUUUCUGCAUAAGUUUUCCAAAGUUAUAUGAUCCAAAUUGUUUCCCUCCCUCUUUCUCUCCCCUAUCUCAGAAUUGACAAGCAAUUCGAUCUGGGUUAUACAUGUAUUAUAACGCAAAACAUAUUUCCAUAUUGUUCAUUUUUGUAAGUGAAUAAUCUUAUAAGACCAACCUCCCAAACCUAUGCAUGAAUAAACAAGAGAAAAAUCAUAUGCUUUCAUCUA